ACCCGACCCAAUGCCUACCAUCUAUAGCAUACGACGCGCCGCCAUUGUCGGAGCAAGGAACGCAAAGCGAGGCAGCUAGAUCGUGGUCGCAACGAAGUAAUACCUCGCUAGAUCCGGCCCUGAGGCAGGUCACACAGUCCUGGGUGAGGCGAGCUAACUCCCGUUCCAACUCCAAUCAAGUUAUCCCUUGCAAGCCACAUGUCUAGGCCUCCAGCCGUGUGCAUCACUACAUGGCGAUACAUGACAUAGCCACUGGUGAUGUGAGGCACCACGCCAACUCGGGACCGCAUUCACUCCGUUAUCUAAGAGAAUGAGUUUCGGCAUCAGCAUUGGAGACGUGCUCAAGCUGUGUGAGCUAGCUGGUAGAGUCUACAAGAACUGCCGAGACUGCUCCGGCGAAUACAAGGCCCUUACGUCGCAAGCACGAACGCUGACGAACCUACUCGAGGAUAUUCAAGACAAGUACGACAAGAUACCCGAGAGCAAGCGGCAGCAGCUCAUCGAUGCGUACCAACCAUGUAUCGAAGUGCUCGAAGAGCUAGACAAGCUGGUACUGCACUACAAUGGGCUCGACACGAAAACCAAACGCGCAUGGGACCGGCUCAAGUACGACCCUGAGAAGUCGAGAAACAUACGAGAGCGCCUUAUCGCGAGUGUAUCGAUGCUCAAUUCCUUCUACACAUCCCUGAUACACGAUAGCCAGGUUCUUAUACUAGAAGCCUUGGAAAGAUUGGAGAAGGACUACAAAGGCGGUCAUCGCGAAGAAAGCAUUGCUUCGAUCGGGCGACUCACGUCUGGAGGCUCAGCAGACGACGACGACGAUGACGAGGAGGCAUGGAGCCAGAUUCUCCGCGAUCUCGAAGACGUGGGAGUAUCACAGCAGCAGGCCUUGAGCUACCGAGAUGUCAUCGUAGACUGGCUUGUCACAGCUGUCAACGAAGGGAGGCUUUUGGAGGAGCGGCCAGAGCACGAUGCCCUAGCAACUAUGUCCUCGGACCUCGGGACAGCUCUUCCUGAAUUCGACUUCGACGAAAGACCGCAUAGUUUUGAUGUCCCAGCGAUCGUCUCGCCUGCGUGCCAGCGCUCACACAAUCCUCCCACAGCUCUGCCUCUGGCGUCUAGUCCGCCAAUCACGCAAGAUCAGCAGAUCUAUCUGGCCCCUUCAGCAACUUCCCGAGCACAUUCGACCACCUCCUUGCGGCAGUCCCAACAUGCUGAAUCGGAGGCCUCGUCGCUAUGCGCGGAGCCACACCCAGCGUCCCAGCCUACUACUUCCAUGGGCUCCAACAGCCAUGCGAUCAGACGUGUUCCAGUUCAACCUCCAAACACUACGGUUCCUAUCACGCCCACGCACAGUAUCCCAAUCGUGGCGCCUACGUCCCCGACUAGUCCCUCUUUACCAGUGCCUUCUUUUACAGCUGAAACGGGAAUAUCUGGUGCACCUCCGUCGUAUUAUGAGAAAGAAACAUCAAUUGCGAUAGACCUUGAGUGGACGGCACAACAAAUAGUUGCCGCGUGGACUCGGAAUGACUUUGUCACUGCAGAAAAGCUUCUGGAAGAACAGCUGGCAGCUGUCGAACGUGGACAAACAUCUAGGUCUGGGACUCAGCCCGACCGACGUAUUCUUAGGCAUCUGCUUGGAGUAUGUGCCUCCUACACUGGGAAAUACGCCAAAGCGAAAUCUUUGUUCGAAAGCGUCUUCAACGGAAUUUAUCUCAACCGUCAAAACCUGGACGAUGGUGACAUAGCUGCAGCACGGUGGCUAGGGGACGUCUGCCUGCAUAUUCAACAGCAUACAAACGCCGCCCUUGCGUAUUGCGUUGCAUAUGAAGGAUCAAUUGGUCGCCUGGGUGUGGCACGCGACCGCACCUCAAGGAUAGCCGCCGAACUAAGGCUCGUCGACCACUGGCUGUGGGUGUUCAAGAGAAUCGAGGCUACCCUUGAGCUAAAUAUGGAUCCUACCAAUAUCUUUACAUCUACAAAUGUCGUUGAAAAGAGCAACCUGAUGAUGGCAGUCAGAAACAGUGUUUACGAUAUGCCCGGGAUUGAAGGUCGUGGUUCAUUGCCACCGGCUGCGGGCAUGCGUCCGUCUCUUAACUUGAGUCCUCGACCACAAUGUACUCUUGCGAUCUCAGAAGGCUUCCUUUUGGGACCCCUGAUAUCUACAAGCACAUGGCCUCUGCCUUGGGAUCAUCUCUUCUGUCCCGUGGAUGCUGUUCAGCUGGACCGCUUUAUGGGCGUCAUCCCCAUUGCAAAUUUCAUUGGCCAACCCCUGUCUGAGCGUCAGCUACCGUCGAAUUCACUAGGCGACUCGAAGAAGCUGCAUUUUCUUACUAAAAGAGGCAGUCGAUGGUUGAUUGAUGCCGUGAAACGAGGCCUCCAUGAGAUGGGGAUCGAUUAUGGCGAGCAUAAAUACGAGCCUUCGAUCGUGUGCCGCAUCAAUCAGCAGCGUGAGGGCGUGGUGUUCUCCGAAGGGAUCGAGAUCGGUUUCAGCAAGCUCCCAUUCCGUGAUGUCUAUGGAAUCAAGGUCUCGCAUGUGAAGUGGGCGACGCGACGGUUUCCGGCAUACGGCUCUCAUGACACGGCCAAUUUUAGGAAUAUUGUGAAGGGUUUCUUGGAGAGGGCGGAGGCAGAGGCAGACCUUCCGAAGUCGACGCACAAUAUGCAACAUGGAAGUAUGGGCGUACACCCGCAAGCGUCCCACGCAUCGCCAGACUUUAAGAGGCCGUCCUAUGCUUGAGUCGUGGCGAAUGUUCUGCGUUCAGUACACAUCAUUGGAAUAAUUCCGAGAGUGUUACCAGCCAACAACGCGCUCGUAACUCUGCCGUUCAAACCUGUGGCGUCAACAAUAGUUCCAGGUUCCCUAUAUGAGCUCUGUGUCGAUCUCCGGCAUUCCAGCGCGCUUCAUGGGAAAUGGCAUCAUCUGACGUUGAUACUACAUCGCCGUUGGAUAUGGUCCACGCGUUCUGAGCAACAGGUAGGGGCCCGCGGGCAUAUGAGGUUGUGACACGCCAGGGCUACCCAGACAUCUUUGAUGUGUUGUUUUCUUUUUUUGUUCAUCGGAGAUCAACAGCGGCUA